AUGAACAAAGACUUUGCAAAAAAAACCAAAGCUCUUUUUGAUUCCGAAGUUGUUGCAGUCAAGGAAGCCAUUUCUACUGGAAUAUACGUUUCUUAUCGACCUACUGGAACUAAAUAUGAACGGCAAGACUGUCUACGCGUAAGCUCUGCGGGUCGAUGCUUCUGCUCGCACCUUCUGAAGGAUCAUAACAAGUUUUCUGCCACGUCACGAAAUACGGCGUGCACCCAGCCAGGAUGCUCCUGUAGGCGAUUUCUCUUCGCACCAGGACGACCGGAAGAUUUCGGUGAAUUUUGGCUACCCAAACGUCGCGACUUUAAUCGGGAGGCCUAUCGCAUGAAGUGCAAGUGUAAACACACCCACGAGGAACAUGUCCCCUACCCCUCACCUUUUCGUUGUAGUGCCAGGCCCUGCAACUGCCUUGCAUUCAGUUCAGCCUCUAUCUGUGCAGCCUGUGAUCAGCGCUGGGAACAGCACGACACAAUCUUCGAAACUGAAGAGGAACGUAAGAAUGCAGGGCGACAGAUUCGGGAGGACUGGUAUCCAUUCUCCGAGCUCCCGGCCAUGCGUGACAUCGCCCUGACCGGUGAGGGUAAUCCCCAAGUCGAGAGGCUGACCGACGCUCUGCCAAUACAGCCACUGUCGCAGCCGACCUCGUCGACCAGUAGGCCGACAAACGAGACCAACAAUACCCCCUUCCGUCCAAGCGGCCAGUAA